AUGACCAUGAACAUCAAGACACUCCCUCGAUCGACAGUGAGCCUGACCUGCCUGCUACUUGAUAGUAACAUCUCAUGGGCAGUAAGGGGACCGUUAAUAUCUCGAGGCAGACCUCCUUCUAAAACUAAAAGUAGACUGGUGCUGCGAAUGUUUGACCUUGUGAUCAUAAGUGAUAGGCUCUCCCUCUCCAUGCCCAGAGAUAGUCAGGCAAGUCAGGCAAACGUGGGGAGGGGGUGA